ACCCACCUCUAGCGGGUGUUCAACCCAGCUGAUCGAUCAAACAAAAAAUAUUGAUACACAGGAAUUGAGGAAAAAAAUGCUCUAACUUUAGAAGGAGAAAGUUUUUAUUAGCUCGGACAAAAUGGACAAGAAUCUAGAUGAGGUCAAAGGCACUGUGCAAAAGAAAUUCAAUGAAAUCCGUGCGGCAUUGCAUAUGCGCGAAAAGCUGCUUCUCCGGCAACUGGAGGUCAUAGCGAAUACCCGACAGCAGCAGCAGAUGCUUAAAAAGUCCACCACCGAAGUGGAGAAGUCCGAUUCCAAAAAGGAUCAAAGUGGCGUGCGUUUUCUUCCCGGAGAAGCCGAGGAUACGGAGGAGAAGCUACUGACCGCCAUCCGGAGCUUCGGUCACUUCCUGCUGGACAACAGUGACAUGCAGCUGGCGCUUCAGGAUUACCGCACCACGGGCCUGAGGAACGAGGACUACAUAGAGCCCCUGGAUGACCACGAGACCAUGUACAAGUGCCUGCAGGAUGGGCAAGGAUCAUAUCUCGAUCUGGACGAAGACGGUGCCCCGCCGGAGGCCAUCGUGGUGGACUUUACCCGCAACAGAUCUCUCGUUGAAGACAAUGCCAAGCGCUCCAUUAUCAACAUCACCUUGCAAGAAGCCAAGGAUCUGAUAAAGAAGGCCAAGAUCAAAAGGGAAACCUAUGUGCCUCCCUUGAACUUGGAGGAACUGGACGACGAGCUGGAGUCUUCGAUAGCCGAAGCCGUUUCCAGUUUGGGCCGCGAGACCUCGGUCAAAUCGAAGAGCAGCAUUCAAGAACCACCGAAAACCAAGAGCCGCAAGCAGCGCUUCAAGCCAAAGAUUACCAUCAACAAUUGCAAUGGCACUAUCAACCUGCGCAACAUAGCCAGCCUGACUAUCAAUUGUGCCAGCGAGGAGGCGGUCAGUGCGGAGAUUCCCUUGGCCAAAUCCGCUGAUUCCAGUACCACCGAACCCUCGAACUCCACGCCCACGACCACCGCUUCCAGUUCCAAUUACUCCAGCAAUGCCAGCUCCCGCUCGCAGUCCAAAAAGCAAAAGGCAAACAAAAAGAAGGAGAAAGCUGACCGCGAGCCCAGCUCUGAUUCCACGCCUACGCCUGGACAGGCCCAACGCUACGAGGAGACCGAAAUCCAUGAUGUCACCUGCGAUUUCUACAAUCGCCUUCUCAACGAGAUCAAGAAGAGCAUGGUGGAGAAGCCGCGUAGGACUUACCACCAAGUGGCGGAGCCGGUUCAAGCUGCCGCUGCCGAUUCCAGUUGCGAUGCCAAUUCCAAUCCCAGGCAGUCGGCUCCCAAGCAGGAGCCAGUUUCGACCACCACAUCCGUUACACAAAGCGAAUCGGGACCACAAGUGCAGCCGGGCAAGAGGCUAAUCUUCAAGAACUUCGAGAACCUCAAGAUCAUCCUAGAGGCGAACAGUGGCGACGAGGACUCAUUCCACCCCGUUCAGAUCGAACAGUGGCUGGCGGAGAUCAUCUCGGAAACAGACCUGGAGCCCAUGCAGAACACGGAUAUCCUGGAGCAUAGCCGCAUCCACAGCAGCGAGACCCCCUAAAGCUGCGGGUCCACCUAUUUAUCCUUAAUGCACUCAGUAUUUUCACUUCAUUAUGAAUAGCUAUAGCUUCCUUAAUUUGUUUUUAAUUUACAUUUUAAUUUUAGUUAGUUUUGAUUUCUCAAAAGACAUGUUUUUAUUUCCAAUUUAAACUAAUAUUGGCGGAACUAGAGUUAAAGAAGUUUAAUAUAUCUUAGACUUCAGUUUUUCGUAGAAUCGAAAAUGAUGAAGUUUACGUCUACAAAGAAGAAAAUGUAUUGAAAUACAUUAGUUGCUAGAUGACUUGAAAAUUGUUCUCCAAUCUUUUUCCUCCAAGUUUUUAACAGAAACAAAAACCUACUCGGUUAUUUAUAUGUACUUAAUGCAUUUCAUUUUGUGAUUUUUAUCCUUUUGUAAGACUUGAACUCGUACCAAUUUAGCAAGUAAGCUCCAGGCAGUGUUCAGUGCUCACCGUAGCCCAUUUGUAAAUGCAAUCGAAGAGUCCACAUUAAAGUGUUAAUUGCCAUCACAAAA